GCCGCAGAGAGGCAUCCAGGCGUGCGGACCGGUACAGACCAGCAGCCGACAGAAUGAGUGUGCAACUUAUAUAUGACGAGAAUGUCAGAAGUGAUUUAACAGCAGAGUCUUGUGACUUCCUGCUCAUUGCUCCUCAGCCUACCGGGAGGCCCUCUAUUCUCCGUCCAUCACAGAAAGAUAAUCUGCCACCGAAAGAUGCUGCAAAGAGCAUUAAGGUAACAUUUCAGACUCCGAUGAGAGAUCCACAGACUCGCAAGAUUGUUACUUCCAGCAUUGAAGGCAAGGUGGAGGCAGUUACACUGGAGGACUGCACACAAGCUUUGCAGAAGCUUCACCUGUCAGUCACUGAUGCAAAUUGCACUUCAAAUCCUGGAGACCACAGUAUAAACUGUGAUCAAACCGCUCUCCCAGAUGAUGAAAUACCAGUUAAAAGCAUGGGUGCUUAUAAUAUUGAUUUUGAUAAACUGGAUGAGACGAAUCCAUUCAAGAGCACUACUCUGAUGCAGAAUUCACCUGUAAAAUCCGAAUGCAGUUUUAUUAAAGAUGUGGCCUGUUACCCUGAUUCUUCUUGUUUGGAGGAUAAAACCCUGUCUGAAUCAGCUGCAGGAAAACAAGAUUCAUUUGUGAAAUCUUUAAGCACUUCUCCAACACAUGUGGACUCCCCAGUAACUGUUCGUUUAGACAAUGAAAGCUUCAACACAUCUGGAAAAAGCACACUAGAAGACACACUUCCUUUAACAACCAGAGAUUCUAAUUCUUCUCUCACAGUAUCAAAUAAAGAAACCACCAGUAACCUUGACAAGGUGACUGAAUCUGAUUUGGAUGUUUAUCCCUCAAAAGACAAUGCAGUUGAUGCUGUAAGUGUCAACCCAAUUACUGAAUCUAUAGAAUUAGAGGUUCCAAGUUCUCCACCUCUUCCCAAGUCCUCCUACAAAUUUGACCCAGAUCAAAUAGACAUGAUUGAUCCAUUUAAUACUGGAGGCGCGAAACUGAAAGAGUCACCUAUAAAAUCUUCUCCGGGAGAUGCAAGUGAUGACAAUGCUGGACCAGUGAAGUUGGAAUUUAAUUUUGGUGAAGGUGAUCCUCCUGUCAAAAAGCCUCCACCUAGGAAACUUGGUAAACGACCUACUCUUAGUUCUUCCAAAAAACAGUCUGGGAAUGCAGAAAAAACAGCUGAAAAACCAAAGGUGAAAGCUGUUGAGAAACCAUUGGAAGAGGAAGUUAUUGUGCCAAAGGCAGCUUACAACUUUGAUUGGGAGAAGUUUGAUGAUCCAAAUUUUAACCCUUUUGCCUCUGGAGGUUCAAAGAUUUGCACCACUCUUACAACCUCAACUGUCAAAAAUGACUUGACACCAAGCAAAGAAGACAGUCAUCCAAAGGUGGAAUGCCAAGAUUCAGACAUGGUGCAAAGUGACAAACUUGUAAUGGAUCAAGCCGAAGCUAACUAUCUAAAUGAGACCGGGCUUGUUCAGACCCCUCAGUCUGAAGCAGAAUCUAUAGUUCUAUGCAAUUCAGACUCCGGUAUUCAAAAUGAAACAAAGGUGGCAGAAACUAUUGUAAACCCAGUAAGUGAUGGCAAGGAAGUCUUGGUUUGGGAUGAAAAACCUUUACCAAAUGAACCGGACUUGCCAAUCCCUCAAGAUGUGACCUUAAGCCCAAGUAACGACCCAGAACUAUUGGAUGCAGAAUUUAAGCCUGCUACAGAUUAUGAUUUUUUGAUGAUGGGGGAAAUGGAUUUUAAACCUGCUACAGAAUUUUUUCCUUCUACAGCAGGUUUGGGUCAGUCAGCAGAAAUGGACUAUCUUGAAAGUUUUGGCUCUUCUACAUUCAAGGAGUCUGCCCUCCGAAAGCAGUCUCUGUAUUUGAAAUUCGAUCCUUUGUUGAGGGAAUCUCCAAAGAAGACUGCUCCUGCUGGUGCUGAGUUCUGUGUCCAAGUACCCAUGAAGAACAGUUCAGAGCUGUUUGGGACCAUGUCAGAGGCAACCCUAUUCCCUAUUCCGUUUCAUGAAACAGAAGAAAAACCUGAAGGGCUGGAUCUCUUGGGGACAUUUACAGCUACAAAUUCUGGUCCCUUAAUCCCAGAUCCGCCACUAGGUGCUUCAACCUCCGAUCCUUACCCCUUAAUUUCAGACUUUGGGUCAAUUGUUGAAGUCCUUAAGUAUAGCCAGAAGGAUAUGGAUGCAGCUAUUGAUAAUGUGCGGUUGGAGGUUCAAGAAAAGGAGCUUGAGGUUGAGGAAUGGAAACACAAACAUGAGAAACUGUAUCUGGAAUAUAUUGAGAUGGGGAAAAUAAUUGCUGAAUUUGAAAGCACAAUAACACAGAUGCUGGAGGAUUCUCAGAGACAAAAAGAAUUGACAAAACAAGAAUUACAAAAAGUUUUGGAAGAGAAGCAACAAGUACAGAUGGACUUAAAUUCUAUGGAAAAGUCUUUCUCUGACCUUUUCAAAAGAUUUGAGAAGCAGAAAGAAAUACUUGAUGGCUAUCGCAAGAAUGAGGAGACUUUGAAGAAAUGUGUUGAAGAUUACCAUUUAAGAAUCAAAAAGGAAGAGCAGCGGUAUCAAGCACUUAAAGCACACGCAGAAGAGAAAUUGAAUCGUGCAAAUGAAGAAAUUGCUCAAGUGCGAAAUAAAGCAAAGAGUGAGACAGUUGUCUUACAAGCCACCUUGCGUAAAGAGCAAAUGAAGAUCCAGUCACUGGAGCGCUCCCUGGAACAAAAGGCAAAAGAAAUUGAGGAACUGACAAAAAUAUGCGAUGAUCUGAUAUUAAAAAUGGAGAAAAUCUGACCUGGCUCCCCUAACUUUUAUUUCUAAAUUCCUCUUCUUCU